GAAGAGGAGGGGGGGGGCGGAGGGCAACCGCUCCGCCUGCAGCCCCCGGGGCCGGGGCCGCUCCGCCGGCGGGACGAGUCUCGCCGGGCAGCGCGGAGAGAGGACAUCGCCUGCGCCCGCCGCUCCGCUCCCGUCCCGUCCCGCCGGGGCUCCGCUGCCGCCCGACCCUCUUUUAUAAUUUUUUUUUUUUUUUCUUCCUCCCCAUUUUUCUUUUUUGCUUUUCACCUUCCCCCCCCCACCACCCCCCCCUUCUCCCUCCUCCCAAGCCUUUUGGGUUUUUUGGUUUGCUUUGUUUUUUGUUUUUCCCUCGCCUCUCCGCGGCGAGCGUUGGGAGGCGAAAGGCGAGAGCCGAAGAGGUCGGGAGGGAGAAGGGGGCGGGGAGACGGCGAGGGAGCGGCGGGUGUCGGUGCGGGAAGGCGGGGACGCGGCUCCCCCAGUCCGACCUCGGACCAUGUACCAGGACUACCCCGGGAACUUCGACACCUCCUCCAGAGGCAGCAGCGGCUCCCCAGGACAUCCCGAGACCUACUCCAGCGGCGCAGCCCAGCAGAAAUUUCGAGUAGAUAUGCCAGGAUCAGGCAGUGCUUUUAUCCCUACGAUCAACGCCAUCACAACUAGCCAAGACCUGCAGUGGAUGGUCCAACCCACCGUCAUCACCUCCAUGUCAAGCCCUUACUCUCGCUCACACCCCUACAGCCAUCCGCUGCCCCCGCUGUCUUCAGUGGCCGGACACACAGCCCUUCAGCGACCUGGUGUGAUCAAAACCAUUGGGACCACAGUGGGCCGGAGACGAAGAGAUGAGCAGCUGUCGCCUGAGGAAGAAGAGAAGCGAAGGAUCCGGAGAGAGAGGAACAAGCUGGCAGCUGCUAAGUGUCGUAACAGGCGUCGAGAGCUAACAGAGAAACUCCAGGCGGAAACUGAAGUGCUGGAGGAGGAGAAGUCAGUGCUGCAAAAGGAGAUUGCUGAGCUCCAGAAGGAGAAAGAGAAGCUGGAGUUUAUGCUGGUGGCUCACAGCCCUGUGUGUAAAAUCAGCCCUGAGGAACGUCGGAGCCCACCAUCCAGCAGCCUCCAGAGCGUUCGGACUGGAGCAAGCGGAGCGGUGGUGGUGAAGCAAGAGCCUGUGGAGGAGGAGAUCCCAUCUUCCUCUUUGGUCCUUGACAAAGCCCAGAGGUCUGUCAUUAAGCCUAUCAGCAUUGCUGGAGGUUUUUAUGGGGAGGAGGCACUCAACACUCCCAUCGUGGUGACCUCAACACCAGCCAUCACUCCAGGCUCCUCCAACUUGGUGUUCACCUACCCCAACGUGUUGGAUCAGGAGUCUCCUCUCUCCCCAUCCGAGUCUUGCUCCAAAGCUCACCGGAGGAGCAGCAGCAGCGGUGACCAGUCCUCGGAUUCCUUGAACUCUCCUACUUUGCUGGCGUUGUAAUCCCCCUGCGGGCCCCCAUUUUGCCAAUGUGUUACAUCCCCCCCCCAGCACCAUGGGGGGAGCCCCCCUCCAUGGGAUUAGAGACAGGCACAGGAUCGUUCAAGCACAAGGGCAGCAAGAACAAGGAUGGGGAAGUGCUGCAGCUCCAGGAAUGAGAGUGAGGACCAAUGCCAGCUCCCUGGAGGCAGGAAACGGCAAGGGUGGGACUGACGCGCCGGGACUGUUUGGACAGGGUGAUGUCCCCACUGUAGGGACUGCCUAUGGAAACCUCUCCACGGCUGUAGUGGACUUGGGGAACACUCCUGGCCAGGACUGAAGGCGAGCUGCAGACAGUUGCUAGUCGUCCCUUUGUGAAUUGAUCUGAUCAGUUGUGCUCUGUGCUUAGAUCAUUCUGGUUAGCUGAUCUUACAACUUCUCUCUUCCAUGCCCCACCCCCCCCCACCCCCCCCGCUUAUCAUUUCCAAUGUUGUCAUCCCAUGACAUUUCAUCCAGUUGCUCUGAACUCUAAAGGCUUGUUAGGAUCUUUCCUCUCGGGACAGGCUGUGGGAAACAUGGUAGGGUUGCCGAGGCAGGAGGGCGAUGGCUGGGAGGUCUGGCGAGGGGGUCAGGACCAAGAGGAGCCUGAAGGCUCAGCAGCAAGAGCAGAGCUCAACUCUGUCCUAGGGCACAGACACAGCAGAGACAGCAGGAGGCUCAUGCAGAAACCUUUCUUUUUUAAAAAUGUAGAUAUAUUUAUCACCUUGGGCUCCUCAAAAAAAAAAAAAAAGUUAGCAUCUCAGGGCCAAAGUAGCAUCGGAAGAGCUGCUGGUCUGGUGCUUAGCAGUGUCUUUGGCAGGGUUUUACCCCGGUUCAGAGGAUAUAAAAUCUGCUGCUUGUUGUUUACUUUUCCUGGGCUGCCUGCUGUCUAGGGAGUAUUGCAUCUUCUUCCCCAUCAGGUCGCCUGACUCAGAGGCUGAUCUCUUCCUGUUAAUAAAUCCUCCCCUCCCCUUGGCAAUAUUUGCAGAACAUGCUACCAAAAAAGAGGUGGCACCACGUGCCUAUAAAUCUAGGAUGGAGAUUGGCAGCAGAUAAGAGGGUGAAACUAGCUGGCUGUACCCUUGCUGACUUUUUCAUUGUUGGGAAACAAAGCAGCAUGCAUCCACCAGUUGAUAUUAGCAGGUGAUUGCUCAGAGAUUCCCAAUUUCUGAUGUUGGAGGGAAGACAGUGGUCCAACCUCCAGCAUGGCACAGGCCACAGGGCACUCCUGACCAGGCAGGAAUGGCAUGGUUGAAGUUGUGACCUGGUUGAUAACCAGAGAUAAUCAGAAGCUCUGUUCUAGUUCAUUCACGAUUAUUUGUACCUUGGUCUUUGGCCUCUGUGUUUUUUUUUUUGGUUUUUUUUUUUUUUUUUUUUUGCAUUGUGAUAGAUCUGGUUUUGUUGGGGUUGAUUGGCCUGAAGACAAAAAACAAAUCAGGGGGCUCUUCCCCCAGCCCUGGGUCCUCGUCUUCUCCAACCUCUGGGCUUGGCUGCUACUACUAAGUGCUCACAGAGGGCACAAGCUCUCCAGCACUGAUGUUCACUACUGAAAACAGUAAUGUGUGUAAUCUAUUCCUGCUUGGAGCCAAGCUCAAUUCCUUUUGAUGUCAAGGCACUGACAAACCAUGACCAUGUGCACAUAGGAUUGCCCAGCUUGCCAGCUAAGCUGCUUAGGGGCUAGGUCUUUGGUCCUGCCUGUUGAAGCUGUGGUGGCAGCUAUUUAUUUUGGUGUGAGAUUUUCUUGUUCUUUUAUAAUAUAUAUUUUUUUAAUCAACUAAAACCAGGGUAUUUCUUGGUCAGGCUGGACCUGGAGAAAUGCAAUAUGCAAUUAUAGGGCCAGCCCUGUGAGAUGCUAAACUGCAUCCCCACCAACUCCGCUGGGAAUCAAUAGGGUUCAGUCUUGUGGAAUCAGACCUUUACUCAGUAGGGCUGGCUUCCCUCAAACCCUGGCCACUGCCCAUUCCUUGAAUCAUUUCAAAGGGACACUACUUUGGCUCUAAAGGUAGGCUUUGCUUUUUUAUUACUACUAUUAUUUUUAAACCCAGGUAUUUACCAAACCUGCCAGAAAUAUAUGAGUGACCUUUCUGCUUUGUAAAGCUGAUUGCAAUUCAGACUUUAUUGCUUAAACACUUCCAUUGUUAUACUGGUGCUAGAGUUAUCAAAACAACAAAGCUUCCUUUUUAGCAAAAUAGACCUUAAAGUUCCCAUAGUUAGCACAGAGGAUCCUGUUUUCAUAGGGCUUUAUGUAGAUGACAUCACUUCAGGUGAAAUUGCUGCUUCUCUAACUGUCUCCAUUUGCCAGAUACUUGUUUGGGCGAGUCUGGAUUGAGAAUCUAAAACUGUUCAAUAAAAUGUCUCUGCAUGUCAUUUCCACCCAUUUUUGGGCAGAAUGCAACAUUGACAAGUGGUGAAUCCUAAAGUGAUGCAGCUACUUUUGAGGCCAGCUGACCAGGAUCGCUGUCUCCCAGAUUAGGAGCAUUUCUACUAGGAGUUUCAGGAAGUCAGAUGCCUCCUCAAACCUGAGUAAGCCUAACUCCAAGUGGAACAACAGAAAACCACCUUUGCUUUUGCCCAUUGAAUUGUUGCCAAAAGGAGCUGCAUCUGGCCCUUGCCCAGUGCCUGCUGCCUCGUCAUUGACCUUCUCAGAGACAGGAGAGGAUGGUCCCUUUCCUGUCCUGUGAUACUGAUGGGAGCGAUGUGAAACUGUCCAGAAAAGAGGGUUAUUUUCUACUAUCGGGAAAAAUCCCCAAAUACCUUGUGCCUGCCCAUUUUUGUCCCUCAAACCUCUCAGAGGAUGUCUGUGUUGGGAUCACUGGUCUCUUGCCUUCUGUAUUUUGUGGAUCAGCCUUACUUUUGUUUAGUUUCUGGCAGACAGGUACAACAGCUCUGCUGCUGUUUUGGUCUGGCCCUGCAUUCUUCUUUUCAGAUUUACUGGUGUGCUUUUUGGGAGUUGACUGUCUUCCCCAUCCCCAAAAUGGUGUUUUCCACUAAUACCUUCCCUGCCAGUUCCUAAAUGUAGUGUCUCCAUGUAAUGGGGAUGCAGGAGCCGUUCCAACUAGUGUCUGACCAAGAGUUGUGAAAGUCAAUAGAAAAAGGCCCAGGGAAUUUCAGCUGGUCAACCCCCUAGUGACUGGCCCAACAAAGCCUCUAAUAAUACCUUAAAUUAAUCAAUGCCCAACUGGGAGGAGCACUAGCAGCUGCAUUGAAGGAAACAUUCAGCUUCUAGGUGAUGUUUGCCAUUCCAGUUUUGCCUUGUUCCUCCUUUCCCCUUCCCAGUUGUGGCAUUGCCUUCAUCCAUUCCUUUCUUGUAGGUGUGGAGACUGGGUAAGUCUCGAACUGCUUGUGGUGUGAUGGGAUUUGGGACCAACAUGCUGGGGACAGUAGCUCUCUGUUGUGUUUUUAUAAUUAUUAUUUAAGUGAUCUAUUUAGUUCAUCUGAACCUUUAAUUUUGCUGCUUACUGUAUGUAGGAUCCACCUGGCCUUCAUCCUAAAUGAAAAGAAAAAACAAAAUUAAAACAAACCUACGACACACCCCCCUUCCUCCCUGGUAUCUUAUUAUUUAUUGGCAGGCAGACGCCUUGUGCCUGCUCCAGCAGAUCUGCCCGCCAUUAAUUUAACAUUCUCCCAAAUCACAUUCCUGGUGUUUGGUGGUUGCUUCUUUUUUUUUCUUUUGGGGUUUUUUUUUUUUCUUUGUAAAACAGACUUCUGAAAUGUAAGAAACCUUAUUAUGACACUCACAAGUUCAUUUUCAUUAGGAAGGCCAAGUCAAGCAUUUUAAGAGGUGGGGGGAACAAUCUACAUUUUAUUUCUUAUUUAUUUAUCAUGUUUACAUCUUUUUUUCCUGUUCAAGACUUGGAUAUAAUAAAGAAAGCAUUAAAAAUACUCCAAUCUUCUUCUUUUUUUUAGGUUAAUAAUUUUUUUUCUUCUUUAAGUAAAAGUUUCUGGGUUUUGUUGUUGUCUGUAUAAAAUGUAAAAAGAGAUAUGUUUCUAAAGAUGCAUUAUCAUUCCUCUGUGAACAGUAGGUGGAGUUGAGGACAAUUCUCAGAAUACAAGAUAAUAAUAAAAUCCCAUCCUGUUUUACUUAAUUGUUCCCCUCCUAUCCUGUAUGAUUAAAGGGUUAUUCCACUU